UCAUUACAGUGUGAUGCAAGGUGAUUUGUAGAUCCGGCAGUCACCUGCUGUCAUUUUGAUGCUCUCGAACACGGCCAAUGAUACUUCGCCAUAUUUGGUGGUUAGUGGAAAGGUCAUGGCUAGAAGGGAUAUAGCGAAGACAGUAUGCUGUGGCUACAGCUUUUGUCAAGUUAACGUCAAAAGUGCAUAUUAGCUAACCCUUAACUCUAUUCCUAACCUGCUAUGUUAAUUMUUCUAAUAUACGAAAAGUGAACUAUGACAAAAGCUGUAUCCAUSUAGUCAAAACCGAGUGGAAAUUUCAACCGGAUGCUUCAGAUUUAUACAUCCGGUGAAACAUCURGCUACUUAUAUCUGUGGCCAUGUUGCACCAACGGGCUUACCGUGAAGUUAUCUCAAAAAUAUGGUUUAUACGAUUUCAAACAACAGGUUUGAAUUCGAAACAGGUUUGCGUCCGGCUUCUCMCCAGCCCUCGCUGUUUCUUCGACGAACCGGUGCACGUGAAGGUAGAUGGACUUUCGCCCCACCAGAAAGUAGAGUUGAGGUCCAAACUCAAGGACGAYAAAGGGGUCAUCUUCAGAGCUUCCGCUCUGGUCGCUGCAGAUGCUAGCGGACAGGUGGACCUGUGUCGCUCUCCCUCUCUGGGCGGCAGCUACACGGGAGUUGAAUCCAUGGGCUUGUUUUGGGCCAUGGCGGCCGAGACUCCACACAGCAAACUGUUAAAAAAAAAUGUUUUGGGUUCAAUGACGGUUGACAUAGAAGUGCUGCAUGGGGACACAGGUGAACUCUUGGCCACAGAGACCAACGAGAGGCGGUUCAUGGCGGAAGGGGUAAGGAGAAUACCGUUGGGCAUGAAAGAAGGGAGAAUUCGGGGAGUCCUCUUUCUACCACCCGGGCAGGGUCCAUUCCCCGGUGUACUGGAURUGUAUACUCUGGGUGGAGGUAUAUCAGAGGUUCGAGCCAGUCUGCUGGCUAACAAAGGCUUUGUGGUUCUGGCUCUGGCCUACUAUGGCUUSCAGGACCUGCCCAGAACCUUGCCCAAAUACUUUGACCUGGAGUACUUUGAAGAGGCUAUCACUUUCCUGAGGCGACAGCCACAGGUACAGGGUCCAGGAAUAGGAAUCCUGUCCAUCUCGAAGAGUGGGGAUCUGGCUCUGUCCAUGGCCUCUUUUCUCUCUGGCAUCUCAGCCACAGCCUGGAUCAACGGCAGCAACGCUAAUAUGGUGGCGCCACUGCACUACAAAGACCUCAUCAUCCCUUCCGUCACGCCUAUCGUUGAGAACGUCACCUUCUCACCGUCCGGCAUCCUCGACAUCCGAGACRCCUUACCGGACCCAGAGACUGAGGGGAACCGUGGUUCUGUGAUCCCAAUAGAACGUUCCAAUUCUAGGUUCCUCUUCGCUGCCUCUGAGGACGACAGGAACUGGAACAGCUGUCUCUUCGCCCAACAGGCCGCCGCCCGGCUGAGGCAUCAUGGGAAAGAGAACUUUGAGGUGGUGAUGUACCCCAGGGCGGGGCAUUUUCUGGAAGUACCCUACAUGCCCCACUGCCCGUCAGGCUUCCAUUCCGCGGUUGGUCAAGUGGUGGUGUUUGGGGGAGAGGCUAAAGCCCACCAUCAGGCUCAGCUGGACCUGUGGAGGAGGGUCCAGGAGUUCUUCAGGAAACACCUGGACAGGAACAACACUGCCCAGAAAGCUAUGUUAUAUACUAGAGGGUAAGACAAGGGUUUCCGUUAGGAACAUUUGGCACCGGACAACAUAACCGGGAAGAUUUUAAUUGACCAGACAUUGAGAAAUGUACUGGACAUCCGUAUGCAUUCAGAUCCGACUACAAAGAGAGAGGGAAAGAAACUGCCGACCUGGCGAGGCCAGUGCCAUCAAUAAACGAGGGAUAGCCUAUUGGCCAAAUGAGCCACAUUUUAGUUGUCCUUAACAGCCUAUAACAAAUUACAAAAACACUUCAGUGUUUUAGAUGUGUAGCAUAAGCAAACAUGUAUGGCCUAUUGUUUUAUUGGGUUUUACUUCCCUAAAACAUUUGUCCACCUCAGCUGUCGGGAUAUUUGAGCACUAAAUGCAUCAGGGCAUUGCAUGCAUAUGCCUAUAGGCUUAGACGUCCACUGUAUGAUAUGAAUAUUUAAAAAAUAAAAAUAAAAAAAACAUGUAAAAUAAGAGAAACUUAUUCCUUGCCCCAGAGACGGAGAGAGGAGAUGUGGCAUGCUGCGACACCUCCAUGCAUUUGUCAGAUGGUUAGUGUCUGCAAGAGAUAGGUGUACAGAAGGAGGCUUAUUCAUUCAUUUUCAGUCAUAUUUUUUAUAAAGAUAUUCCUAUAAACAAUAUAAUGAUUAACUCUGGUAGGCCUAAAAUGUUCUUCCUCACAUAAACUUCAACUGUCCGAGUCGGUUGGAGCGUCGGUGCGCUCUUCACCUCGGGUGACACAGGGUAAAGUGAAGGAUUAGCCAAUCAGUGGCUAAAGACCACCCACUUGCCUUGAUUUACAUAUCCCUUUUAUUUUGAAUAACACCAUGAAAUUAUGAAAUAGAUCAUGUCAUACAGCGCCAUUAAURAAGUGAUAAAUGUUAUAAUGAAAAAUUCCAUUGGGAAAUACAAUGUGUCAUUAUGAAAUAAAAUAUGGUGAAAUUUAUAUAAUAAUCCAUCCAACAGUUUCCAAAAGCACAUGCUCAUUAUUUUUCAACCAGGAUUAUAAUAUGCAGAGUCUUUGACAAUGACCAGUAUUCAUUAUUCAAACUUUUUAAUUAAAACAAAUUUGCGUCAAUCUCUCCUCCUCUUUUUAACAUUAUAAGCAGAUGUAUCGUGCACACCAGAAUUCGUCUGGUAAAUAAUUUGGGGGGAUUUUGACCUAAGGCCUUGACUUUAUCCUAAUGAGUMCUUCACAGUAUGCAAAUGGUCCCCGCUACCGUCUAUCAAAUAGUAACAUGCAGUUGUUAAAACAUAUAUUUGUGUGUGAGUAAGCAAUAAUCAUCUCUGGGGUUGGCAGCUGUCUCCUUCCAGCUUUGGCCUCCCGUUGCAACUGUUACUUUAAGUUAGAUUUAGACCACAAAUACCACAUGUCCCUUUUAAAACGCAGGUGCCUUUCUAUUUUUUCUGUCAUUGCAAAGUUACACAGAAUGUGCACAGGAAGAGGGGGAGGAGUUUAGAUUGUAUAUCCUAUGUGAUUGUGCCUCAACUUUUCAUGAAAAAACACAUGUUCCAGUACUGUGUAGUUUACAGAUACCUAGUCCUUUGAUGUAAAGAUAUGAUGCUAGCAAAAAGUACAUUCUAUGUAUACACAGAACACUCCCCCUCAGUUAAAAAGAAAUGGCAAAGUGUUUAUUUAAAAGUGUUGCAGUUUGAUUUACUGGUACUGUAAGGUCAACUUUGAUACUUUUAAUAUAGGUUUCUGUUAAACCAGCAUUAUGUACCCAAUGUCAUCAAUACAUUAURGACUGUAUUCAUGAAGGACUCUGAUUAUCAACCCCCAAGGGAAAUAAUCUCUGUGGAAUACCUCAAAUAAUAAAAAAAAGAUGAUGGUAGUGUGCUACUCAAUGGCUUGCUCUGGUAAAGCAGUGAAAUAAAAAAUGUUUAAGCUAAACAUGGAGAGAGGAUUUUACAAUGUGGUUUUCUGUGAAGAAGUUAACAUCAUCCUAGAUGAAGUGGGUGACACAGACCAUCUGGUUGCCUGAGUCAUAGCUAUGCCGUCUGCUUUAGGAACAAACAAUCCCUUAGCAGAGAAUACAAUGCACUGUCAUUGUCAUUGCAUUACGCUACUAUGACAUCUGGCGCUAAAAUAUGACCAGUGGCAAGGAGAUGGCGCUCACACACAACUCACUGUGCGAUCAAUCAUCCAUUGUGUUUCAAAACCCAUGGUAAUAACUGUAAAUAAAUACUAUGGUAGUCAUUAACCYAAUCAGAGUUGAAUUCUCCCUCAAUACUUUAGUCUGUGGCACAAAUGAGUCUGACCUCAGUAAAUGCUCUUCUAUAUCCUACUGUGGUGGAUGUACCUUUCUGUCUGUGUCACUAGUGAUGAUCUGGUACUCCUCAGGGUGGUAGCAGACACUUCUAACCAGAGUAUAUCUGCUGCUUCUAUUUGUUUCACUAUUUCACUGUUUCACUCUUAGUAUUUGAUUAUAUUUGUWAAACUAUUAGUCCUUUCUUCWUAUCAAUAGCAUUGUAACCAGAUUCUGUUAUGAAUAAACAUGAGCCAAGGCGUG